AUGGCUAAUUCUAUAAAUGGCUAUUUUUUCGAUUCAACCAGACCAAAACAUCCAGUGAUGAAGUUAGAGACUGCAAAGGAACCCUCUCCACUUCUUGAAACCGUUCCUAAUGCUACUGCUGACAAAUCUGAGGAGCACAGCUUUCGUAACUACGAGGAAGAUGCUCUGACUCCUGUCCAAAAACGAGUCAAAAAUCAUUACUAUGUUCAACAUCGGAUGCAAACCGUAGAGUUCGUGAAGGAGAUGCAUAAGAAGUGGUUAGGUUUUACUCAUGCUAAAAUGACAAUAAUGGAAUGUCUCCAAGAACUUGCUGGGUUCCUUGAUGAAAGUGAUCCAGAUGUCGAUGAACCUAACCUUUUUCAUGCUUACCAAACUGCAGAACGUUUAAGAGCUGCUCACCCCGAUAAACCAUGGAUGCAUUUAGCUGGUUUGAUCCAUGAUCUUGGUAAGGUUAUGUCCAUGUGGGGAGAGGAACAGUUUGCAGUAACAGGAGACACAUAUCCUGUUGGUUGCACUCCAUCCGAAAAAAUUGUUUAUGGAUUGAAGAGUUUUGAAGGGAACGAAGACUUGAAAGAUUCUCGUUACAACACGGAGUUUGGAAUAUAUGAGGAAGGAUGCGGGAUCGAGAACUUAUUGAUGACUUGGAGUCAUGAUGAAUAUAUGUAUCAAGUUCUUCGUAAUCAUGGCUCUACGCUACCAGAUGAUGCUCUGUAUGCUAUCCGGUUUCAUUCAUUCUACCCUUAUCACUCUCAUGAGGCGUACAAACAAUUCGAGAAUGAGAGAGACAAGACUAUGUUUCCAGCAAUUAUGAUGAUGAAUAACUGUGAUCUUUAUUCUAAAACGGACAAGAAACCUGAUUUGGAGGAACUCAAGCCGUAUUAUCAAUCACUCAUUGAUCAAUACAUCCCUGGCGUUGUAUCUUGGUGA